GAGCCGGGCGCGGAGGUGCGCGGAGUGGAGCUCAAGGCUGCGGAGGGGAGCGGAGCUGAGCGGCUGGGCGGGCCUGGCCAGGCCAGCGGAGAGGAGACGUCGGUCGAGCGGCGGCGAACAUGCGCUUUUGACACAUUGGAGGCUUUCUUGAUCAUGGAUGGUGAAGAUAUACCAGAUUUUUCAAGUUUAAAGGAGGAAACUGCUUAUUGGAAGGAACUUUCCUUGAAGUAUAAACAAAGCUUCCAGGAAGCUCGGGAUGAGCUAGUUGAAUUCCAGGAAGGAAGCAGAGAAUUAGAAGCAGAAUUGGAGGCACAGUUAGUACAGGCUGAACAAAGAAAUAGAGACUUGCAAGCUGAUAACCAAAGACUGAAGUAUGAAGUGGAAGCAUUAAAGGAGAAACUGGAGCAUCAAUAUGCACAGAGCUACAAGCAGGUCUCAGUAUUAGAAGAUGAUUUAAGUCAGACUCGGGCCAUUAAGGAGCAGUUACAUAAGUAUGUGAGAGAGCUGGAGCAGGCCAAUGAUGACCUGGAGCGAGCAAAAAGGGCAACAAUAGUUUCGCUGGAAGACUUUGAACAAAGGCUAAAUCAAGCCAUUGAACGAAAUGCAUUUUUGGAAAGUGAACUUGAUGAAAAGGAAUCUUUGUUGGUCUCUGUACAGAGGUUAAAGGAUGAAGCAAGAGAUUUAAGACAAGAACUAGCUGUUCGGGAGAGACAGCAGGAAGUAACUAGAAAGUCGGCUCCCAGUUCUCCAACUCUAGACUGUGAAAAGAUGGAUUCUGCUGUCCAAGCAUCACUUUCUUUGCCAGCUACUCCUGUUGGCAAAGGAACAGAGAACAGUUUUCCUUCACCAAAAGCUAUACCGAACGGUUUUGGUACCAGUCCGCUGACUCCUUCAGCUAGGAUAUCAGCACUAAACAUCGUGGGGGACCUCUUACGGAAAGUAGGGGCUUUAGAAUCCAAAUUAGCAGCUUGCAGGAAUUUUGCAAAGGACCAAGCGUCACGAAAAUCCUAUAUUUCAGGGAAUGUUAACUGUGGGGUGAUGAAUAGCAACGGCACGAAGUUCUCUCGAUCAGGGCACACGUCUUUCUUCGACAAAGGGGCAGUAAACGGCUUUGACCCGGCUUCUCCUCCUCCCGGUCUGGGCUCCUCGCGCCCGUCGUCGGCACCGGGUAUGCUGCCUCUCAGCGUGUGAGUGCCCGGCCUCCAGGUCGGGGCUCCCGCCCUCCUGCAACAACCCAGGACACCCACGCCUCACCCCUCGGUGCCCGGGCCCAGCUCGUGCCCCUCCGUCUGCCUCCCCACGGCUGGCAGAGGGCAGGCUGCAUGCAGUGGCGGCUGCUGGGCCCUGCCCAGCCCCAGGACUCUGCGCGACAUCAAUACUGGCUAUUUUCUCUUCUUGCCGUAGUGCCGUUGGUUUCACAUGAUUGCACUUUUGUGGGUCACAAGGUGAUACAUACACGUAUUACUUGGUCACUGGAUGCAGAAGUACCCAUUCAUCACACCUGCCUCAUAGCCCCCUCCCUGCUCUACUGAUAGGAUUUAGUUAUGUUUAGGACAUUGCAGAUCUUCUAGAGGUUCUCCCCCAAAUCAGGUCGACGUGUGCUCUCCUCCUGAGCUCCCACCCAAGCAUCUCCAGUGCUCAUGGAUCAUGUGUCCCCCACCUCCACCCCCCACAGUUUGGGCCUGUUGCUGGCAAAGAGUCGGGAAGGUCACUGAAUUAGGGAACAUUUUCUGCACCUUCUGGUUUUACUUUAGCAGUUAUCAUUCCAUAGACUAGCCUCCCAGAGCAGCAAAACGCCUGUCUGAGCCCAGGUGGCAGGAGCUUCUGGGACCUGGGCACGCGCAGGGCUGUGCCCCUGCCAUCUCCUCCUCCUCCAUGUGCCUGAGACUCGGGGUAGGGGGUGGUGGCAUCCUCCUCGCCAGCUCUCUGGUCCUUCAGUUAAAUGACACCUUCAGAGUGUUUUUGUUUUGUUUUCAGAGGGCCUGUCCAGUUGUGUUAGGAAGGGUUGAGCGGCCUGAUUCCAGGGGCUGGCUGGUGCCAGCUCCUGGGGGCAGACUGACCAUAAGUGGUUGUCCCUGUGCAUCCUUUGAUUACUCUCAUGCUGCAUUUACUGUUUACAUUUGUUUUAUUGUACAUAGGUUUGUAAACAUUAUUGCCUAAGAUAUUUGUAUAUAACUUGGGCUUUGUAGCUUUUAUUUAUUCAGAACUCAUAUGGCAUGUUAAAGACUUAUGAUGGUGUCCUACUCUGGGCAGCUGUGUAGGAUCAUCAUGUGGUUAAAAAAAAAUACUCCCCCUCAAAAAAAUCUUUUAAUGUGGAAACAAUAAAU